AUGAUGAGAACAAAUGAUUCAAGUAAACUGAAGAAAUUGUAUCAAAUAGAGGAGAAAAGAUUUGAGGAGAGAGUGAAAAGGUAUGAGGAUAUAGGAUACAUGAUGGAUAUGCAUCAGUUUUACUUAGAAGAUGUUUUACUGAAGAGGGAAGAGAUGCUUUACAAGUACACUUUGCCCGAGAAGGAUGCACCAGAACUUUCUGAGGAAGACAAUCCAGGGUUUGAUUACGAGUUCAUACAUAAGAGUGUUGGAGAUAGGGAAUGGAGGAAUGGGAUUCCAAACAGCGGAAUGAUAAAGGUUAGAGGACUACCUGUCUCCACCAAAACUACUUACAGAGAGGAAAAAACCACACGCUCACACUCAAAAGCACAAAGAACAAAGGGAGGAAGGGUGUAUGCAUGCGAAAUAGAAGGAUGCACCAAGAAAUAUACAUCUUCCUUUGGACUAAAAUAUCACAUGAAGGAAGGUCAUUCCGAAGAGAAGAUGAAUAUAUUCAAACCUUAUGUCUGCCCAUUCGAUGGAUGCGACAAGAAAUACAAGAACAACAAUGGCCUUAAAUAUCACAUAAAACAUUACCACGACGAUCAGACACCUUGA